UUGAAGGCAGCAUCAGGAAACCAGUUGAUCAAGACGAGCAAGUUGUUGUUGUUGUUGCCUGAACGUCAAAUGUCGCUACUAAACUUUUUCACCCUCCUUAACAAACAAAAGUCAGCUGACUGUCGAUGAUCCAAGGUGUUACACAAACAGAUAAAGGUGAGACCUCCGCGAGGACCUGAACACAACACACAGAGAAGAAGAAGAUGUCUGAGGCAAGAAAGGAGCUACAGGAGGCCUUGUGCCACUACACCACAGACACCCUCACCUACAUCCACACAGUGAGAGCAUUCUGUGAGAUGUUCUCUAAAUGGAUGCUCUGGAGAGACACCGAGGUAGAAAUGAUGAGGGAUAUCAAAGAUAGACUUGAAGCACUUGACCUAAACAUCAACCAUGUUACUAAAUCAGAGGAAAAAGGUAAAGCCUUUGUGGAGUAUAUGAAGAGCAAGGUGACUGUGAAUGUAGACAGCAAGCGUGCAGAGCUGGAGAAUGAGCUGGUUGAAGUGUUGAAGGACACUGCAAGUGGCCUGGAGAGUCUCAGCAGCUUCCUGGAUGCAGUGGAGAAGCUGGCAGUGACCUCACUGCAUGUGUUCACAGAGAAUCAGGUGUUACACCUUCCAGAAGGGAUCAGUCCUGAGUAUGUUCAGGCUGUCAUCAUGGCUGCACGAGUGAUCUGUCCACUGCUGCUGGAGUUUAAAAGAGACGACAACGCCUUCUUCCUUCCCAAACUCCAGAAUGUGGAAGUGCUGGCAUAUCAGCUGGACAGAUACAUACAGACCUCCAAGAUAAUCUGUGAGAAGUUGGACAAAAGCUGCUUCAGUGACUUUGGUCUGAAGAUGGCUGUAGAAACUGUGGUUGAUCUUGAUGUGGAUUUGUCUGAGGAUGACAUACAGAGAAUGCUUGAUCACGUAAAUCAGCUUGAUGAGAUCAGGAUGAACGAGCAGUUCCGAAUGGUGUUCUUGUUCCAGGAGAAACCGUGCCAUGGGUUCAUUAGUGAGUUCGACAAGCGACAGCCCACGAUGCUGCAGUUUCUAAAGGAGCUGGAGGAGACAGCUGUUCAGUUAGACAGAAUGAAUAAGGGGGCAAAAAUUUCCAGUGUGGCAGGCAGCUCCGUGGGAGCAGUUGGAGGUGUGUUGUCCAUUGUUGGUUUGGCAUUAAUUCCUUUCACAGCAGGAGUUUCUCUAGCUUUGACAAUGACUGGAGUCGGGCUGGGAAUCACCAGUGGAGUCAACAGUGCUGUGACCACUGCAACAGAGGUUGGAGUGAAUGCUACACAACGAAAGAAAGCCUCUGAAGUCUUCAAGAACUUUAUGGAGGAUGUACAGAGUCUCCAGAGUUGUCUGGAGGAGGUGACCAGUCAAACCAUUGCCAAACUGGACGCACUUGACAUAAAUAUGGUUGUGGGAGUUGGCAAGAUUGCAGCUAAAGCUGGUGCUAUUGGAAAGGGUAUUGAUGCACUUGUUGAUGCCGCUUCUGCUGUUAAGGUGUUACAAACUGAAGAGCUGCUCACGAGUGCUGGGAAAGUCGUGGCUCAAGAAGGACAAGCGUUACGUAAUGCACCCAGGGUUGCCUCAGACAUCCCAGAUAUUGGUCAGGCAGCAGCCAAAGGGACCCUUGCACUCUCCAAGUCAGCAAGAGCAGGUCUCAUUGCAGUCAAUGCUCUCUUCCUUGGCAUGGAUAUUUUCUUCAUCUGUAAAGACAGCAUGAGUCUGGCUAAAGGCAGCGAGACUGAAGUCUCACAAUUCAUCAGAGCCCGAGCUGCACUUUGGAGCUCAGAGAUCGACUCAUGGCAGAAGAUGCAUGACUCUCUGAAUAAAGGUUUGCCAACAUCAGAAAAAAAGAAGGCUGUCCUGGAGACUCCAAUUUAUCUGGAGAUGGAGGUGAAGAAACAGAGUGAAGCAGAAAGGGUAGAACCAUCUGCUGAAUGAUAAAAAACAACUGCAAUGAAACAGUUGUAAAUUACUGAUCACUGAAGUGCUCGACUCAUGCUAACUGAAACUAUGAUCAGAGCCGUUUUAUGUGGAAAAUGUUUGAAAGCAAGGUCUUUUCAGUAACACCAUGCAGUGAAGCAUCCUCAUGCUGUAAUUACAUUAAUUGCCAAUAAGCCAACUGAAAAAAAUGUAUUCAUUCUAGAGUUGUGAUUACUGCAAUAUAAAGUAUCAGAGAAAAUAUCUUUCAAUAAAAAUUUGAUUAAUAUAUGCAAUUUGUACAUUUUGCUGAACAUUUAAUUUGCACAGUCAAAUAUAAAACCUUAUUAAUAACAUUAUUUAAUCAAGUAUGCAAUAAAAUAAAAAAUAAUUACUUCCAGAUAUAGAAUUUUUUUUUCUGUAAUAUAGUUCUGUUAUUACACAGUAAUUACAUGAAGUUCUGGUGCAUAGAUUUUAGAACAGAUUAAAUAUUCUUGUACCAGUCUGACCAGUCUGCUGUGUGUGUACUGCACUGGUAAUUUAACUGUAACACUAAUCACAUGUAAUGAACAUAAUGUAAAUGUAGUCUGUUUCUUUUUGUAUAAAUACUUGUAUCCCUAAAUUUUCCCUCUGUUGAUAUAUAAAGUUUUAACUUAUCCAAUGAAAUGUGUUAAUAUCCAGAAUUGUUUUAGUGAAUAUAACUAAAAAGCUUUGCCAGUGGUUGAUGAUAGGCAGCAGAUACGAGAUGAAAACUCUAAAACAAAAAAUAGAUGUUGUAGUAUUUCUUGUUUAAGAAUUAAUAUUUUACAUAAAAAUAGAUUUUAAAUUAUUGCCAAAACAUUUAGUCAGAAUCUCUGUUAAUGUGAUACAAACAGGAACCCUGCAAACAGGGACAAGACGAUGAACAAUUUUGGGGUGACAACAUUGAUAGAUGUUUGCAUGCUUCCCUUAUAAAACUCAUGACAGCUGUAAUUACAGUUUCGAAGGCAGAUAUAUGAUGAUGACACCGGAUGAAGCAAAACAAAAUUCCCACAACUGUGAUGCUCUUAAUUUUAUUGCUACAGUAUUUAACGACGCCAUUACUGGUAUAUGUAUGCAUUUUUCUUACAGUAAAACAAAUAGACAAAUAAAUAUACAAGUAAAACCUACUUUUACUCAGUAAUUUGAUGUGAUAGUUGAAAAUGUAAAUUCCAACAGCUAAAAACUCGCCAGUCAUUGUUGUGGCUGACUGUGGUGCUGAGAUAAAAGUACAAGAAACAGAAAGUGAGUCAAAGAGAAAGAGAAAUACGAAGACAGAGGAGGUUAUCAGAGGCAAAUGUGGUUGUGGUGGGUGAAGAAACUGCUGCAAGAUGCUGAAGCAACAAUUUCAAGUAAAGCAAGUAUUGCAAUACAGUGGGGCAAAAAAGUAUUUAGUCAGCCACCGAUUGUGCAAGUGCCCCCACCUAAAAUGAUGACAGAGUCCAGUAAUUUGCACCAGAGGUACACGUCAACUGUGAGAGACAGAAUGUGAAAAAAAAAUCCAUGAAUACACAUGGUGGGAUUUGUAAAGAAUUUAUUCGUAAAUCAGGGUGGCAAAUAAGUAUUUGGUCACCUCAAACAUGGACAAUCCCUGGCUCCCACAGACCUGUAAUGUCUUCUGUAAGACGCUUUUCUGUCCCCCACUCGUUACCUGUAUGAAUGGCACCUGUGCGAACCCAUCAUCUGUAUAAAAGACACCUGUCUACAGCCUCAAACAGUCAGACUCCAAACUCCGCCAUGGCCAAGACCAAAGAGCUCUCGAAGGACACCAGGAAAAGUAUUGUAGACCUGCACCAGGCUGGGAAGAGUGAAUCUACAAUAGGCAAGCAGCUUGGUGUGAAAAAAUCAACUGUGGGAGCAAUCAUCAGAAAAUGGAAGACUUACAAGACCACUGAUAAUCUCCCACGAUCUGGGGCUCCACGCAAGAUCUCAUCCCGUGGGGUCAAAAUGAUCAUGAGAACGGUGAGCAAAGAUCCCAGAACCACACGGGGGGACCUGGUGAAUGACCUGCAGAGAGCUGGGACCAAAGUAACAAAGAUCACCAUCAGUAACACACUAAAACGGCAGGGAAUCAGAUCCCGCAGUGCCAGACGUGUUCCGCUGCUGAAGCCAGUGCAUGUCCAGGCCCGUCUGAAGUUUGCCAGAGAGCACAUGGAUGAUACAGCAGAGGAUUGGGAGAA